AUGUCCCAAGCUCCCAAAACUUACAUUCAACGCUAUCCUGAUGCCGAAGGGUAUUACGGUCAAUUUGGCGGCAGCCAUUACCCGCCGGAGAUGAAGCCAGCGCUCCAAGAACUACUCGACACAUACCUGGAACUACGCGAAUCGCCAGACUUCCAGCGAGAUCUAGACACCGUACGAAAGACGCUACAGGGACGACCGACACCGAUCCAGCAUCUGGAAAACCUGUCCAAGCAAGUCGGAGGCGCCCAGAUCUACGUCAAACGAGAGGAUCUCAACCACACGGGAGCGCAUAAAAUCAACCACUGCGUUGGGUUCGCGCUGCUCGCGAAGAAGAUGGGUAAGACGAAGCUGAUCGCCGAGACAGGAGCAGGGCAGCACGGUGUCGCGCUGGCGACGGCCGCGGCGCAUUUCGGCCUCGAUUGCGAGGUGCACAUGGGCGGCAUCGACGUGAAGAAGCAGAGCUCGAACGUCGCCCGCAUGCAGCUGCUGGGCGCAAGCGUCAUCUCGUCGACGUCGGGCCAAUCGGCCUUGAAGGACGCAAGCGACUCGGCGAUGCUCGCGUACACCGAACAACAUGCACAUGCCCUGUAUGCGAUCGGGUCGGCGAUCGGGCCCCAUCCCUUCCCCAUGAUCGUCCGGGAUUUCCAGGCAGUCGUGGGCCAGGAGGCGCGCGAGCAGUUCCUCUCACAGUCCGGUGGGAAGCUGCCGGAACACGUGGUCGCCUGUGUCGCCGGCGGCUCGAACGCCAUGGGCAUGUAUUCGGGCUUCCUGGACGACCCGGACGUCGUCCUGCACGCCGUGGAGCCGACGGGCAAGUCUGAAGAGCCCGGCCAGCACGCCGCGACCCUGUUGCAUGGGCGACCAGGCACGUUGCACGGAGCCAAGUCGCUGGUGAUUCAGCGCGAAGACGAUACGCCCGCGGACGUGUCGUCGAUCGCGUCCGGCCUUGUCUAUCCCGGCAUCGGACCGGAAAUCGCCAUGUUGUUCACCGACAAUCGACUGACCGUCGCGGGCAUAUCGAACGACGAGGUCAUCGGCGCGUUCUUCCGCCUGGCCAAGUAUGAGGGCAUCAUUCCUGCGCUGGAAAGCGCCCAUGCCGUGGCAUAUGCUCUGAAGCUGGCGGCGAAACGCCCGACUAGUGAAUGUAUACUGGUUAAUCUCUCGGGUCGUGGCGACAAAGACGUGGACUAUGUGAUAGAGAAUUGUGGCACUGGUUUAAAUUCUAAAUGA